CAAAGCGUUUUUUAUUUUUUUAUUUAAUUUAAUAUUAUUAAUAUUACUUUCCUUCCUUCUUCCCUUCUUCUUCUUCUUGUUCUUCCGCUACCACCAUUCUAUACUGACAUCAUUCAGUCUUUGGCCGCCCCUUCUGACGGCAGCCAUUAACGCGUUUUUGGUUUCUGUCUUCCUGUACACAAAUCAGUAGACUCAUAACUCACUUCACCAAUAGAACCCUCUAGAUCUGCUCUUCCAAGAUCUAUUGCUGCCUACAAGUGUCCAAUUUUCUUGUUUAGUUUGUUCGUUGGUAUAGAAUUAUAAUGGACUCUUCAGAGCAACGCCGCAAGCGCAAGCGAGUAUAUAGACCGUAUAACGGUAACUUCUUUACAGUAAGGUCUCUAGCUGUUUGCUUCUCUUUCUUCGUCUUUCUCCUCUUCAUUUCCUCAGAUCGCUUUUCUAUCAACACUGCGUCGUUUCGUCCAGUUCUCUCUGUGUCGUUCUUGCCUUCUGGCCGUCUAUCUUUAACUCAUGAUUCUUUUGAUCCUAAAUCCCUUCCUUUCGUCGUGGAAGAUAGAGUACUGUUGCCUGACCACUUGCUGCUUAUUGUUUCUAACAGACUUUAUAUCCAUGAGAGUUUAAAUUGUGUUUACUACGGUUUGUCCAAUUCUUCGUCUUCCAAAGAUGUCGUUUUAAUACCGGCUUUAUCUAUUGAUGAUUAUCGUCAAGAUAAGUCUAUUGUGAGGUGUCAGCUCCCGCCGGUUAAUUUUUCUGCCGUUGUUGACUUGCGGCGACAUUGGGAGGUGACGGCGGAAGGUAAUCGGUUGGCAGUUGUUCCUUCAUGGGAUAGGGUGGUUUAUGAGGCGAUAUUGGAUUCGAAUACAGCCGUUGUAUUUGUUAAAGGAUUGAAUCUUCGGCCACACAAGGAAUCAGAUCCAUCACAAUUCAGGUGCCACUUUGGUUUAAGUAAAUUUGACAAGGAUGAGGGAUUUGUGUUCACUACCGAAGCAACUGCAGCUGCACAAGAAGUUAUUAGGUGUUCGUUACCACGAAGUGUUAGAACCAAUCCAGAGAAGGCUCAGGGAAUUCGAGUUUCAGUUAGUCGUGUUGAUGCUGCUAAUGAAGAUGUCAAUGAUGCAAUUCUACCUUCUGUGGCCAAAGUUUAUAGCACUAUGUCUCGUAAGCAGAGGAGUUAUAGAGACAAGUAUGAGCUCUGUGCUUGUACAAUGUUGUGGAAUCAAGCAUCAUUUCUUCGCGAAUGGAUUACCUACCAUGCUUGGCUGGGAGUCGAGAGAUGGUUCAUCUAUGAUAAUAAUAGUGAUGAUGAUAUUCAAGAUGUGAUUGAUGAGCUUAAUUUGCAGAAUUAUAAUGUUAGUAGACAUGCUUGGCCAUGGACUAAAGCGCAAGAAGCUGGGUUUUCACAUUGUGCUUUACGAGCAAGGAGUGAAUGUAAGUGGCUUGGUUUCUUCGAUGUGGAUGAAUUUUUUUAUUUUCCUCGUCACCUGGGACGGAAUAUGCUUGGGCAGGAUUCGCUAAAAACUUUAGUUGCAAAUUACACCAAUUCACCAAUAUAUGCAGAGAUAAGAACAACUUGUCAUAGCUUUGGACCUUCUGGGUUAACCUCAGCUCCAUCACAAGGAGUAACUGUUGGGUAUACUUGCCGGCUUCAAGCUCCUGAGCGGCAUAAAUCUAUUGUUCGACCAGACCUACUGGAUACAACUCUUCUUAAUGUGGUGCAUCACUUCAGACUCAAGGCAGGAUAUAGAUACUUCAAUGUGCCUGAAAGCACUGCUCUAGUGAACCACUAUAAAUAUCAAGUGUGGGAUACUUUUAAAGCAAAGUUUUAUCGAAGAGUUUCUACAUAUGUUACUAAUUGGCAGGAGGAUCAAAACAAGGGUUCAAAAGACAGAGCACCUGGUUUAGGGACCGUGGCCAUAGAACCUCCAGACUGGAGGCUAAGAUUCUGUGAUGUUUGGGAUACUGGGCUCAAGGAUUUUGUGUUGGCCAACUUUGCUGAUCCUGCAACUGGUUUACUUCCUUGGGAGAGGUCUUCUUUCUAACAAAUUCACAAAUUGAAGGUGCUUGCAGCUAUGCAGGAGGCACCUAUAUAAAACAGAGUAAUCAUACACAGAGCUGUCCAUUCUUUUGUUUCUCUUGCAAUUUUUGCUUUUUGAUUCUCAUAGACAUGCAAAUCAUACAGUUCUUACACAGUUGUAAAGUUGCUAAGAUAUGAAAUUGAUUCUUUUCAUCAUUUUUUGUUCCA